UUGUGGUUUCAGACUGGGAAUACAUCGUUCACGUCCACCCCCGCUUUCACUAAUGGUAAUACAGCUGCAGCCUUUAACGCGGCUCCACCUGCAUUUGCGGCUCAGACUUAUGGAUAUCAGGCAAAUCAGCAGCAACCUACGAUGAAGUUCAAUCCUAUGAGUGGCCUUGGAAAUCAAGAGUUGCUCUCGUUUCUUGACAACCUUCAGUCGACUCUGCGCUCAUCAGGCUUCAAUGAGGCCAGUGUUGCUGAAGUAAUGCAGGCCAUGCAGGUACUUGCUAAAUACAACAUUAUGGGACUUGGCCUUGGUUUGGGAGUAGCGGCAAUGGCACAAAUGAGAUCUGCACAAGAAACCACCCAACAGAUGCCUAGUAAUCAUGGCGUUGCUGGAUUUGGUGAUCAGGGUGCAUAUGCUGGUGGUGACCAGCGUCCUGCCGUCAGUCGGCUUCUCGUGGAUGCGCUGAGGAGUGGAUCGGGGACUGCUGCAAACGGUGAGAAUUUCGCAUCGUGUGUGGUAGUCGAGCGAAAGAUUCCCCGUUGUGGGAUCAAAGUAAAGGUAAAAUGA